UUGAGUUGCUCGAAAUUGAAAACAAAGUCAAAAUUGUUUUAUGGAAUUUCUCUAACGAAACAAACCGAUAACUUGAGAAUUUUGUGGAUACAAUGGCAAAUUUAGAACAAUCGACGCUGGUAUUUUUUGUAAAUGGGAAAAAGAUUGUCGACCCGAAUCCUGAUCCAGAAUGCACCCUCCUAACGUAUUUACGUGAGAAACUGCGUCUGUGUGGCACCAAACUGGGCUGUGGUGAAGGUGGUUGUGGUGCCUGCACGGUGAUGGUCAGCCGUGCAGAUCGCUCCACAAAUACCGUUAAACAUUUGGCAAUUAAUGCCUGCCUUACACCCAUCUGUUCAAUGCAUGGCAAAGCUGUGACAACCGUAGAAGGCAUUGGCAGUACACGCACUCGUCUCCAUCCUGUGCAGGAACGUCUGGCUAAAGCUCAUGGCAGUCAGUGUGGCUUCUGUACACCGGGUAUUGUCAUGUCCAUGUACACGUUGCUGAGGAAUUCACCACAGCCAUCGAUGAAAGAUUUGGAGGUGGCUUUCCAAGGCAACUUGUGUCGCUGCACUGGAUAUCGUCCGAUUUUGGAGGGUUACAAGACAUUUACCAAAGAGUUUGCCUGUGGUAUGGGUGAGAAGUGUUGUAAGAUGAAUGGCAAUAAUUGUAAUGGUCAGGAGAACGGGUACUCAUUGGUGGAUAAUAAAUUAUUUGAGAAAAGUGAAUUUGUUCCAUUGGACCCAAGUCAGGAACCAAUAUUUCCUCCAGAGCUGCAGUUGAAUCAACAAUGGGAUAUGGAGUCCUUGAUGUUCAAAGCAGAACGUGUUACUUGGUUUAGACCCAGGAGUCUGGAAGAACUACUCAAGUUAAAAUUAUUGUAUCCUGAAGCUAAAAUUGUGGUUGGCAAUACAGAGAUAGGUAUUGAGGUUAAGUUCAAGCAGAUGUUGUAUCCAGUUUUGAUACACCCCCAGUUGGUUGAAGCAAUGAAUGAGGUGGUAGAAUAUAAGGAUAGCUUAUAUUUUGGAGCCUCAAUAAGUUUAUUGGAGAUCGAAAUUUAUUUGAGGAAUCGCUUAGAAAAUUUGCCAAAAUAUCAAGGACGCUUCUUGGAAUGCAUUUUGAAGAUGUUGCACUAUUUUGCAGGCAAUCAGAUUCGAAGUGUGGCCUCCUUGGGCGGCAAUAUUAUGACAGCAAGUCCAAUAUCUGAUAUGAACCCCAUACUUAUGGCUGGAAUGGUAAAAUUAAAAGUGGGAAAAUGGCAAGAUGGAAAAAUCCAAUAUCGUGAAAUUAAAAUGGACUCCAAUUUUUUUACCGGAUAUCGUAAGAACCGUUUGGGGCCUGAGGAAGUUUUGCUGGGGGUUUAUUUCCCCAAAACCCAGAGUAAUCAAUAUGUGGUGGCUUUUAAACAAUCUAGGCGAAGGGAUGAUGAUAUCGCGAUUGUUAAUGCAGCCUUUAAUAUAACUUUACAUGCUAAACAGGAUCGGAUUCAAGAGGUUGUGAUGACAUUUGGUGGCAUGGCCGCAAUGACCAUAUUUCCUCUGAGAACGUGUGAGAUGAUGCUGCAACAACAAUGGAAUCGCAUAUUAAUGGAACGCGUUAUAGAGAAUCUGUGUGCCGAGUUGCCGUUGGAACCUUCUGCUCCUGGUGGCAUGAUUGCUUAUCGUCGCUCAUUGGUAGUUAGCCUUUUCUUCAAGGCCUAUCUAAAAAUAUCACAACAAUUGAUGGAGGAAGGUAUCCUAUCGCAGGAUUUUCUUAACAAAGAUGAGCUAAGCGGUGCUGAUGAUUUCCAAACACCCUCUCCCAAAAGUGCUCAGUUAUUCGAACGGGUCACAUCAACGCAAUCCCAGUGUGAUCCAAUUGGUAGACCAAUUGUACAUGCCGCGGCAUUUAAACAGGUUACUGGAGAGGCAGUGUACUGCGACGAUACGCCCAGGUUGGAAAAUGAACUGUACUUAGCACUGGUAUUAAGCCAAAGAGCUCAUGCCAAAAUUUUGAACAUAGAUGCUACAAAGGCCUUGGCCAUGCCGGGUGUAUACGGCUUCUUCAGUAGCAAAGAUAUUUCAGCAAAAGAAAAUCAAGUUGGUCCUUUGCUCUAUGAUGAGCAGGUAUUUGCUGACGGUGUUGUCCAUUGUCAAGGGCAAGUAAUUGGAGCAGUAGUCGCUGAGAAUCAGUCAUUGGCUCAAAGAGCUGCCCGGGAGGUACGAGUCGGCUAUGAAGACAUAAAGCCUGCAAUAAUUACCAUUGAACAGGCCAUUGAACACAAUUCGUAUUUUCCCGGAUAUCCCUGGCAAGCCGGAAUCGGUGAUGUCGAGAAGGCCUUUGCCGACUCUGAGUAUAUUCAUGAGGGAUCUUGUCGCAUGGGGGGACAAGAACAUUUCUAUUUGGAAACCCAAGCCUCUUAUGCCGUGCCAAAAGAUUCUGAUGAAAUUGAGAUUUUGUCUUCAACCCAACAUCCCACAGAGAUACAGAAACUGGCGGCCCAUUUCCUCUCAAUACCCGAAAAUAAGGUAGUUUGUCGGGCCAAACGUUUGGGUGGAGGAUUUGGUGGUAAGGAGACUCGACCCUAUGCAGUGGCACUGCCAGUUGCCUUGGCUUGCUAUCGCCUGAGAAGACCGGUUCGUUGUAUGUUGAAUCGUGAUGAGGACAUGAUGCUAACCGGAACCCGACAUCCAUUUCUGUUCAAAUAUAAAAUUGCAUUUACAUCGGAGGGUCGCCUCACAGCGUGCUCAAUAGAUUGCUAUAGUAAUGCGGGGUGGUCGAUGGAUUUCUCCUUUUCCGUCAUGGAAAGGGCCAUCUAUCACAUUGAGAAUUGCUAUAAAAUACCCAACAUCAAAGCCAGGGGUUGGGUCUGCCGGACCAAUUUGCCCACGAAUGUGGCAUUUCGGGGAUUUGGUUCGCCACAGGGCAUGUUUGCGGCCGAACAUAUGAUACGGGACGUGGCACGUAUCCUCAACAAGGAUAUUUUGGAAAUAAUGCGCCUAAAUUUUUACAAACCCGGUGAUAAGACACAUUACAACCAAACUCUAGAAGAUUUUCCAGUUUUGCGUUGCUUCAACGACUGUCUAAGCCAAGCCAGCUAUCACCAAAAGAAACAACAAAUUGAGGAAUUCAAUCGCAACAACCGCUGGCGUAAGAGAGGCAUCUCCAUAGUACCCACCAAAUAUGGCAUAGCAUUUGGUGUAAAGCAUUUAAAUCAGGGUGGAGCUUUAAUAAAUAUCUACACCGAUGGUUCGGUGUUACUAUCACACGGAGGCGUGGAAAUUGGCCAAGGCUUGCAUACGAAAAUGAUUCAAUGUUGUUCGCGGGCAUUGCAAAUCCCUUAUGAGUUGAUACACAUAUCGGAAACCUCAACAGACAAGGUUCCAAAUACAUCGCCCACAGCGGCCAGCAUGACCUCAGACCUUAAUGGCAUGGCCAUCUUAGAUGCUUGCAAAAAACUCAAUGAGCAUCUGGCACCCAUCAAAGAGGCAAAUCCGAAGGCAUCGUGGCAGGAGUGGAUUCAAAAAGCCUACAUGGAGGGCGUAAGUCUAUCAGCAACGGGUUAUUAUCAUCUGGACACGGUCGACUAUCAUCCCGUUCGAAACCCAAAUUCUCAACUUUAUAGCUAUUUCACACAUGGUGUGGGUAUAUCUGUGGUGGAAAUUGACUGCCUAACUGGCGACCAUCAAAUUUUGAGUACUGACAUUGUUAUGGAUAUUGGCUCGAGUUUAAAUCCUGCCAUUGACAUUGGACAAAUUGAGGGAGCUUUUAUGCAGGGUUAUGGACUAUUUACCCUCGAAGAAUUGAUUUACUCUCCCGAAGGUACGCUGUACUCUCGUGGACCGGGAAUGUAUAAAAUACCAGGAUUUGCCAAUAUACCGGCAGAAUUCAAUGUCAGUCUAUUGACUGGAGCAAAAAAUCCCCGAGCUGUCUAUUCAUCCAAGGCCCUAGGGGAACCUCCCUUAUUUAUUGGAAGCUCAGUAUAUUUUGCCAUUAAAGAAGCAAUAGCAGCUGCUAGAGAAGCGAAUGGUUUCAGUCGAGAUUUCAAGUUGCAGUCACCAGCCACUGCAGCCAGGAUUCGCAUGGCUUGUCAGGAUGCGUUUACAGAAAUGAUCGAUGAACCUGCGGCCGGUACAUACAAACUAUGGAAUGUUGUACCUUAAAUACACAAAACAAUACAAAUUCACACUUUAAUAAAUUACAAAAAUAAAAAUAAAUUAACAUAGUAACACAAAUAAACGAAUUCAAUAAAUUGAUGCCUUGACUUGAAUUUUUUAGUCCUCUGUAUUAGUUUCUGUAAUUGUAAUCUCCACAUUUGAAGUGUCUUCUCCAACCAAAGGCUCGUAAGGU